AUGUUUACCUCCAUGUUCAUCCGUGAAGAUGACUUACUAAAACCAGGCACCAUUCAUGAACUGCAAUACUUAGGUCAAUCCGACCUCGGACCAUCCUUCAUGACAAGGGAUCAAGCUCACAAAUUACUAUUCACUUCAUCAAACUUGCCACAAGUAGUUUCAGCAUUUGUCAUUAACCCCGCCUCCAAAGAAGCAAAAUUGAUGCAGUCCACUUUGACUCGUUGUGAAGAUCCUCUCAAGUUUGGUCACCAUACAUGCGCUCCUUCUUUAGAAGAUAUGGUUGAUUUUGUUUCUUCAGAGUUCCACCCCUCAAAUCCAAGUGAAGAUCUUAAAGUCCUUGGUGUUACGGUCACCCCUCCCAUGCAAGUUAACCAAAGGUACCUCAUAAUCGGAGUAGAGAAAGUUGUCGAGAUUGGGAACCCUACAAUAGCUUGCCACAAGGCUGCAUUCCCUUACGGAGCAUUUAUGUGCCACCGUAUGGAGGGGGCCAGGGCUUAUCGCGUUGAACUCCAAAGCCUUGACAACAACAAUCUCAAAGUGGAUACAGCUCUUGUAGGUUGUCACCAUGACACUGUCAAAUGGAGUCCUUCCUACGCCGCUUUUAAGCUCCUUGAUCUCAAGCCUGGACAACCUAUCUGGUCAUUUCUUGCUUGCAGAUAA